AUGGUCUACUGCUUGGACAAUGCCGAGGCUGGGGUGGAGGCCAUGGCAAGGCGGCUGCUCUCGGUGCCCCGGGGCAUCACCACUGAUGCGGCUAUCAUCCGACUGCAUAUGGUUAGCGACAUACUGCACAACUCGGCCCAGCCGAGUGUUUCAGCGCAGAUCGCAGAGUUCCGCUCCACGUUGCAGGAGCUGCUUCCGGAGACGUUCGAGAAGCUUGGUCGGCUUUGGCUCCAGAAGUUGGCGAGCCCUGAAGAAAAGGAACGUGGCGAGAGUGCCUUACUACGAGUGCUGGAGGUGUGGAAAGACACGCAAAUCUUCCCGCCCCUCUUCACGAAGGGCCUCCUGUGCCUUGCCCAAGCUCCGAUCCUCGAUGUCUCGGCCAAAGAGGCCAAUGCGGAGCCGGACGAGCAGCUCAAGCAGAAGCUUGUGAGAUGGUUCUCGGGGCUCAACCAGGCGCGGUCUGGCAGGCCGCACGCCCGCGAUCAACCCGAGUACUUGCCGAGCCCGACUUUGCGCUUUCGAGCGCUUUUGGCAUCUCCACGUGGGUGCUGCUGUUCGUCUUGGGGGGCUACGUGCGGCUCCACAAUUGAAUGGACAGCGUGGCAUCUUGGAGCUGUGGGAUCCCUCUUCCCGCCGGUGGAAGGUGCGGCUGAUAUCCACAGGCGAGAUCAAGUCCGUGAAGCCAGAAAACCUGGCCAUGGAGGAGGAGCCUGUGGCGAGCAGAGGACCGAGCAAAAACGGUACCGCACGGGCCGCGAAAGACGAGUCCCGUGCCAUGGAGACGUUGGAUGGGGCGCCCGUUACGGUCGAGGAGUUGGCGGCUGCCGAAGCAGCCGAGGCUGCAGAACAGGCUGCGCGGCGGGCGAAGUCUGUGCCGCUGCUAAGGCCCCGAGCCUUGAGGUGGCGUGA